CAUAUAUGCGUAAUCGAAGUCAUCCAGAAGGUUCAAUUGCAGAGGGAUACUUAGUUGAAGAGUGUAUGACCUUUUGCUCAAGGUACUUGGAUGAUGUCGAGUCAAAAUUGAAUCGACCAAUAAGGAAUUACGAUGUUAGCGACAAUCCUGGGAUAUUACUGGGUCAUGCUUUAGGAAAAGGAAAAGGGUUUGCGCUUGAUAACACAUCAUGGGUACAAGCUCAUCGGUAUGUGUUAUUUAACACUGCUGCGGUUGUCCCAUAUCGAGAGGAGCAUCGUGAUUUUAUUAAGCGGUCACAUCGUCGUCUUAAAGAUUUUGAUGUGGAUCGCCGUCACAAUGAUGAGUUUCCCAGAUGGUUUAAUUCUCAUGUUGAAGAGCUUCUAGCUAUUGAAAAUGCUGUGUUGUCAGAUGAGAUUAAAACUUUGGCAUUGGGACCUAGUAAAAAGGCCACGAGAUUCAAUGGGUAUAUAAUUAAUGGUACUAGGUAUCAUACGAGGAGUCGUGAGUGGAGAAGAAAAACUCAAAAUAGUGGGGUUAUGGUGAAAGCAAAGACUUGUAGCUAUGCAAGUACCAGAGACAUGAAUCCUGUGGAAGGUGAAGUAGCAUACUAUGGAUAUGUGACAGAUAUUAUUGAAUUGUAUUACUCAUACGACCGUAGAUAUGUGCUAUUCAUGUGCGACUGGAUUGACAACAACAAAGGAUUGAAGCAGGAUGGGUUUGGUUUCACACUUGUUAAUUUCAAUCAUUUGUUAUAUACAAAGAAACAAAAUAGUGAUGAGCCAUUCAUCCUAGCAUCUCAGGCACAACAAGUUUUCUAUGUUAAUGAUCCCGUUGAAGCUGAUUGGGAUGUUGUAGUCAGGAUGAAACCUAGAGACUUGUAUGAGGUGUGUGGAGAACAACCAAUUAAUGAUGGAGAACAUCACAAUGAAGUGGAAGGAUUUGGCGACCAAGAAUUAGAUGCAACUUCGUUUGCUUGUGAAGAGGACAUAAAUUGGGUUAGGCAAGGUGAAGUUGGAACAACUAUUGAUGAAACUAUUGGACCUCUUGGGAUAUCGACACAGACACAAUCUGAAGAUGAUGAAGAAAUGAUAUGAUUUUGUAAUUUUGUUUCAUAUUCAUUGUUACAUUUGUGCUUUUAGCAUGGAUAUUCAUGUUAAUGAAACCUUUGCUUUUAAAAUGCGUCAUUUGUUUGCUUUUCAACGUGAUUGUCCUUGAGACAACCUUUUAUGUCCUUGAGAAAGAUCAUAUCUGUUAUAUUAAGAUUGUGUUUAAAAUUUAAAUUUGUAGAGAAAUUUUUUAAUAUUUUGGACUUUAUAUUCAUUGUUAACCCAUAAAAUUCUACACGUAUGCUUGU